AUGGAUGCCACAAUUGGAGAGUCGGCACCCUCUGUGGAGAGGGCAUUCGAGGGUCAGCCAUAUCCUGGGUUCUGGGGGCUGGUGACACUGCGAUCCAUGGCCGUCGCGGUGGUGUAUGCGUUCAUAUUCUCUAUGGUGUCACUACGGAUCUACAUGAUCGUCGGGCUCGUAGGAGCAUUCAACAUGCCUUCAAAUAUCCUCUGCUUCGCCACCCUCAGGGGCCUCGUGUCCCUGCUGCGGCGCUGCGGUAUAGCUGCGGCCCCAUUCACCCGGCAGGAGAAUGUCUUCCUCCAGACCAGUGUCAUCACAUGUGUUAACGUGGCAGUCGCAAGUGGUUUUGCAACGUACCUUGUUGCAAUGACUUCUGAGUUAGCAAAAUCUCUCAGUGACAAUCCAGACAAAGAAGACAUUGUUGAGGACGUACCGAUGGGAAGAUAUGGGCUAUUAAUUUUCUUCACUAGUAUGGUGGGAAUAAUGGCAAUGAUACCCAUGGUUAAGGUCAUGAUCCUUGAUUACAGACUGCUAUUUCCAACAGGCUCAGUUGUGGCUCACCUUAUAAAUUGUUUCCAUACCCCUCAAGGGGCAUAUGUAGCAAAGUAA